UAUCUCUCGUCCUGAUUUUUAUUUAUUUAUUUCACGAGUUGUUCUCUUGUCCUGAUAUACUAGUAGUUCUAUCGAGUAAUCAUCUUUUCUUGGGAUGUAAUCCUCGGUAAAAGGAAGCACCUAGUCGCCAAGUUUACAUGUAUCAGUCGAUUCUCACAGCCUAGUACUAUUCAUCUUGUUCCCCUCCCAGUCGACCCGCUCUCUAGCCCCUGCUUAACUACCUACCGGCUAUCGCCGCUGUGCACCACCCUGCCCUCUCUGAGCAGCCUCUCCUGUCGUGUCACAACUGUUCUAACCAUCCCUCUAAGCCCCACCCUUUUCAUGCGCCUGCGAGCACCCGUCAACCCUUUUCUAUGCUCCACAUGGCACCGGCAAUGAUGCGGCUAAGCAACCGAUGCUUAGCAAAUCCGCAAAAAAUAUCUCUUUUGGGUUGAGUCUUCUUGUCAGGCUUGUUAUCUUAUGUAUUGUUUUGCUGUUUUCUCACAUAUUUUUAAAAAUUAGAGGUAUAAUCCUUUUUUUCGUGAAGUUUCAGAUAUUAGUUUCGUCAUGCUCAGACUAGCACUUUGCUUCAAAGUACUACGAGUUAGGGGGUAUUUGGUUGGGCUUAACUUCAGCUUUUGCAUUUUGGCUUGUAAGCCAACAAAAAUUCACCUAUUUUACGGGCUUUUCGCUUAUACCAUCAUGUGCAAAACCCAAACAACAUUGCCACGUACGCGUAGGACACUUCCCAUCCAAUAUUUGUACGAUAUCCCACAUCACACCGUUCAUGCGCAAGGCUAAGCUGCAACUGGCCGUUGGAUUAGCCACCGUACCACUAUGGCACCACAACAAGUCUUAUAUGAAAUGCUUCCGAUAACCAAAAGCCUGAAAUUGGUGCUUAGACUUGGUCUUUCGUCCUUAUUUUACUAGUAGUUUUUAUCAAAUAAUCAUCAGUUUUUGACUUGUUAUCCUCGAAAAGAGGGAGCACUCAUCCGUCAGUUGCUUGAAAAAGUAUUUAUGGAUAAGUUAUGUUAUUCCUUCGUGUGUGGCUACUGUUCAUCUUUCCCCCCUCCCAUUCUACCCGCUCUCUAGCCCAUGCAUACCUGCCUACCGCCGCCGUUCCGGCCACCCCCCUAAGCCCCACACUUCUGCUGUGCUGGCAAGCACCCUUGCAGCCGUCAAUCCUCUUCAUAUCUUCUGCUGGUGAUGACGUGGCUAGACAACAUACGCUUAGCAAAUCCGCAAAAAAGUAAUCUCUUUUGAUUUGUGUCUUCUGGUUAGGCUUGUUACCAUACGUACUGCCUUUUAGUUUUUUCUUCACACAUUUUCAGAAAUAGAGCUAUGCUUUUUUUCAUGAAGUUUUAAAUAUUAGGUUCAUACGUAAUUAUGUACCCAUGUUUGGACUUGCACUUUGCAACGAAGUACUAUGAGUUAGUGGGUAUUUGGCUACGUUUAACUUUGGCUUUUGCAUUUUGGCUUAUAGGCAAGAAGGACACCUAGGAUGGUAUUAAGCAAAAUAAAAUAUACCUAUGAUUGUAUAAUCCAAAAGUCCAUAAAUAGGUGUUUUCCCGGGCUUUUAAGCCAAGUGCAAAAGCCAAAGUUAAGCCCAACCGAACACCCCUUAGUGUGCUUAUCUUCUCCGGUGAGCAUAUAAUACAAAUAUGUUUACAAAAAUAAAAUGCUAAUUUAUGACCACUUUCCAUUUUUAUCCUUGCAACCCCAUUGGUGAAAAAAUGGUCUAUCUGUAUUGGAAGUUACUGAGUAAAAGUGACGUAGUAUGCACUAAUGUAGGAAACAUAAACCUCAUGGGUCUCGCCAUGCUUGUUCUACCAGUGCUCUUAGGGUUGUUUUAUGGAGCAAGUGACAUUAAUUGCUCAACAGUUCAUGGUAACACCACAGAUCACCGUUCACUUCUUGAUUUCAAAGGGGCCAUCAGAGCGGACCCAAGAGGAGCCUUGCGCUCUUGGAAUGAGAACAUCCACUACUGUAUGUGGUCGGGCAUCAAGUGCAGCACAAUGCACCCAGAACGUGUUACAGUGCUAAACCUUGCCAACAUGAGCUUGACAGGCCAAAUCACACCCUCUCUAGGAAAUCUAACCUUCCUUUGGGAACUUACACUAUCCAACAAUCUCUUCUCUGGCCAGUUGCCCUCUCUCAAUCGUCUUAUAAGAUUAGAAAUCCUUUACUUACAGAACAACUUGUUGCAGGGGAACAUUCCGAAUGCACUUACAAAUUGUUCCAAACUCCUUUUACUAGACCUCUCUUCUAACAUGCUAGUGGGUUCGAUUCCUGGAAAUAUAGGUUCCCUCUACAAUCUAAAGGGAAUUGACCUUUCCAAUAAUAGCCUCACAGGAAACAUUCCACCAACCUUCGGCAACAACACUUACUUAGAAGAGCUACGACUUACCCACAAUCAACUCAAAGGAAGCAUUCCUGAAGAUCUUGGGAAAUUGCCGAAUAUGGGGAAGAACCGGGCGGUGUUUCUCGGUCAGAAUAGGCUAUCGGGUAGAGUUCCAACAACAUUGUUUAAUCUAUCCAAGCUUAUAAUACUGAACCUAAGUAUGAAUAAGCUAAGGGGCACAUUACCAUACAAUAUCGGUAAUCUAUCUGCCGCGCUUCAAUGGCUAAUUUUGGGUGCAAACAACUUGUCUGGGACAGUGCCACCGAGCAUUGGGGCCCUAAAGAACCUAACAGUUUUAGAUCUUGGAGGAAACAACUUCGUUGGACCAAUACCAUAUUCCGUCGGGAGUCUGCCAAAGUUAUGGAAGCUUGAUCUUUCCAAUAAUCAUUUUGAUAGUUGGUAGCACACCGACACUACUGACUGCUAAUGACUUAUUCAUGGUGGCCGAAUGAGCCAGGGAUGCAGUUUGCUGUGCGAGUGCAACGACCCGACGAGAGCUCUGCACCUUCCCGUUCUUGCAUGGCUGUGUCACACUUUCUGUCAACGGGCGUGGUUGCUCUGUCUAGACUACAGUUUUCUAUUGCUUGUUUUCCUUAGCGGUUUCCUAUAUUUUCAGCGGAUCCAUCCCCAUGUAUGUAGGGUUUGUGGAUGUACGCACCUCAUUUGUAUUUCUGUCACCUAGAUGAAUUGAAAAAAAUGCUUCUGUUUGGGGAAAAAACAA